AUGUACUACAACAACCUCCUCUCCAUCCCCAUCCUCCUCAUCUGCUCCCUCUUCCUCGAGAACUGGUCGAGCGCCAACCUCGCUCUCAACUUCCCUGCUCCUCAGCGCAAUUCCAUCAUCGCCGCCAUGGUCUUCUCCGGCCUUUCCUCAGUCUUCAUCUCCUACACCUCUGCCUGGUGCGUUCGCGUCACCUCGUCCACCACCUACUCCAUGGUCGGUGCCCUCAACAAGCUGCCCAUUGCCAUUUCCGGCCUCGUCUUCUUCGACGCCCCCGUCACUUUCGCCUCUGUCAGCGCCAUCGGUGUUGGUUUCAUUUCUGGCAUUGUCUACGCUCUCGCAAAGGUCUGGCAGGGCAAGGGCAACAAGCCCACCCUUCCGACUAGCGUCACCAGUGCUAGCAGCCAGAGCAUGAAGGACAGCUUCAAGUCAUAG